AUGCCGCUGAGUUUGACGGACUUAUUGACAAGUUCUUCUCCAGGAUUUAAAAAGCUGCUGCAGAAGAUAACAGAACAGACUCAGCUUUCUCCAGGGGCCCCCAAAGAGCCCCAAGAGGGGCCCCCCGGGGGGGCCCCCGGGGGGGACCCCGGGGGGGCCCCCCAGGGGCCCCCGGGGGCCCCCGAGGAGGAGGGCAGCAGCAAGGGGGCCCCCUCUGCGGAGAGAAGUGCAGCAGAGAAGGAGGCGAAGAAGACGAAUUCAAAAAGAGAAUCGACGCACGCCAGCAGCAGCAGCAGCAGCAGCAGCAGCAGCAGCAGCAGCAGCAGCAGCAGCGGACGCAAGAGUCAGGAAGGCUCAGCAAAACCCAAAAAGAAAGAUGAAAGAGGCUUUCCACAGGGGCCUCUCCAAGCAGUCCUCAUCAUGGGCCCUGACGGCCGCAUUCUUAACUUCGAGGGGAUGGAGCCUCCUUCCCCAGAAGAGCUUUCGCAAAUCCCCGAGGCCUUCUCAAUGCUUGCGAAGCAAAUGGGAGUUCCCUUCAGCCAAGAGGCUGCAGAGAACAUUCGGGAGACUUUAACAAAACUAACAGCGCAGCUCCCCAAGGGGGCCCCCAAGGGGGCCCCCCCCAAGGGGGGCCCCCCGAAGGGGGCCCCCCCCAAGGGGGCCCCCCAGGGGGCCCCCCAGGGGGCCCCCCAGGGGGCCCCCAAGGUGAACCCCCAAGGCAAAGAAAACCCUCGCAAGGCCAAAGCUGCCCCGCAGAUGAAAAGCCCGAAGGAGUCUGAAGAGCUGGAUGACCCUUGGGACGAAGGCUGGGCGGCCGCGGCGGACAGCAGCAGCAGCAGCAAGAGCAGCAGCAGCAGCAGCAAGAGCAGCAGCAGCAAGAGCAGCAGCAGCAAGAGCAGCAGCAGCUCGCCAGCAAGCGACCCCGAGACCUUCUUCAAGGGGGCCUUCAAGUUCAUUGCAGAAGCAGAUCCUGCUGCUAUGGGAAUGUUAAUGCGCGCAGCAGAACAGCUGGCGGGCCGGAGGGGCCCCCUGGGGGCCCCCCCCCCCUCAGCCCUGGCGGACUUUCUGAAGUCUUUGUCUGAGGGGCCCCCGGGGGCCCCCCAGGGGGCCCCCGGGGGGCGCUCAGGGGGGCCCCCGAAGGGGCCCCCGGAGGGGGGCCCCGGGGGCCCCCGAGAUGAGAAAGGAGACCGAGAUGAGCUUUAG